GCGGUUACUGGGUGCUGCAGCUUUCCCUGGAUUUCGGAAAAAGGCCGGUCUCUGUGGAUUCAGCGCCCCCGCGGAGUGCCGGCCUCAGGCACGCGAGGGCGCUCGCGCGGGAUGACGACUUCCCCUGCAGUCACAGCAACGGAGAUGGUGUCCUGGGCGCGUGCGAUGGGGAAGAAGCUGAAGCAGAGGCUGCGGCUGGACGUGGGACGCGAAGUCUGCCGCCAGUAUCCGCUGUUUUGCUUCCUGCUGCUCUGCCUGAGCGUCGCCUCCCUGCUCCUCAACAGGUAUCUUCAUGUUUUAAUGAUCUUCUGGUCAUUUGUUGCUGGGGUUGUCACAUUCUACUGCUCAUUAGGACCUGAUUCUCUCUUACCAAAUAUAUUCUUCACAAUGAAAUACAAACCCAAGCAGUUAGGACUUCAAGAAUUAUUUCCUCAAGGUCGUAGCUGUGCUGUUUGUGGUAAAGUGAAAUGUAAAAGACAUAGACCUGCCUUGUUACUUGAAAACUACCAGCCAUGGCUAGACCUGAAGAUUUCUUCCAAGGUUGAUGCAUCUCUCUCAGAGGUUCUUGAAUUAGUGUUGGAAAAUUUUGUUUAUCCGUGGUACAGGGAUGUAACAGAUGAUGAGUCCUUUGUUGAUGAACUGAGAAUUACAUUACGGUUUUUUGCAUCUGUCUUGAUUCGAAGGAUUCACAAGGUGGAUAUCCCAUCUGUUAUAACCAAGAAACUAUUAAAAGCAGCAAUGAAGCAUAUAGAAGUGAUAGUCAAAGCCAGUCAGAAAGUAGAAAAUACAGAGUUUUUACAGCAAGCUGCUUUAGAAGAAUAUGGUCCAGAGCUUCAUGUGGCUUUGAGGAGUCGAAGAGAUGAAUUACACUAUUUAAGGAAACUUACUGAACUGCUUUUUCCUUAUAUUUUGCCUCCUAAAGCAACAGACUGCAGAUCCCUGACUUUACUUUUAAGAGAGAUCCUGUCUGGCUCAGUGUUCCUUCCUUCUUUGGAUUUUCUAGCUGAUCCAGAUACUGUGAAUCAUUUGCUUAUAAUCUUCAUAGAUGACAGUCCACCUGAAAAAGCAACUGAACCACCAUCCCCUUUGGUUCCAUUCUUGCAAAAGUUUGCAGAACCUAGAAAUAAAAAGCCAUCUGUGCUGAAAUUAGAAUUGAAGCAAAUCCGAGAGCAACAAGAUCUCUUAUUUCGUUUUAUGAACUUUCUGAAACAGGAAGGAGCAGUGCAUGUGUUGCAAAUUUGUCUGACUGUGGAGGAAUUCAAUGAUAGAAUUUUGCGACCAGAGUUAUCAAAUGAUGAAAUGCUAUCUCUUCAUGAAGAGUUGCAGAAGAUUUAUAAAACGUAUUGUUUGGAUGAAAGUAUUGACAAAAUUCGAUUUGAUCCCUUCAUUGUAGAAGAGAUUCAAAAAAUUGCUGAAGGCCCAUAUAUAGAUGUUGUGAAACUUCAAACCAUGAGAUGUCUUUUUGAAGCAUAUGAACAUGUACUUUCUCUCUUGGAGAAUGUUUUUACUCCUAUGUUCUGCCACAGUGAUGAGUAUUUCAGACAACUUUUAAGAGGUGCAGAAUCACCAACACGCAAUUCAAAAUUCAACAGAGGUAGCCUAAGUUUGGAUGAUUUUCAGAGCACACAGAAAAGAGGAGAGUCAUUUGGAAUCAGCAGAAUAGGUAGCAAAAUUAAAGGAGUAUUCAAGAGCACCACAAUGGAGGGAGCUAUGUUGCCCAAUUAUGGUUUAGCUGAAGGUGAAGAUGACUUUAUCGAAGAAGGAAUUGUUGUAAUGGAAGAUGACUCUCCAGUGGAAGCUGUGAGCACACCUAAUACUCCCCGAAACCUUGCUGCAUGGAAAAUAAGCAUCCCAUAUGUAGACUUUUUUGAAGAUUCCUCCUCUGAAAGGAAGGAGAAAAAGGAAAGAAUACCUGUGUUUUGUAUUGAUGUUGAAAGAAAUGAUAGACGAGCAGUUGGACAUGAGCCUGAACAUUGGUCUGUCUAUAGAAGAUAUCUUGAGUUCUAUGUACUUGAAUCAAAACUAACAGAGUUUCAUGGUAAUAUGAGGGACAUAGCUAUGAAGUAUCUCCAGUCAUUUUGUAUGUUGGUUAGUGAAAACGAUUUGUGUAUUCUGAAACUUUAUUUUAGAACAACUCUAUGGAGUGGUCCUGAUCUAAAUUCAGGCACAUUUCCUGAUGCCCAGCUUCCUUCCAAGAGGAUCAUUGGCCCCAAAAAUUAUGAAUUCUUGAAGUCAAAGAGAGAAGAGUUUCAGGAAUACCUACAGAAACUUCUGCAGCAUCCAGAACUGAGUAAUAGUCAACUUCUGGCAGAUUUUCUCUCUCCCAAUGGUGGAGAAACACAGUUUCUUGAUAAGAUACUACCAGAUGUAAAUCUUGGGAAAAUUAUAAAAUCUGUUCCUGGGAAACUAAUGAAAGAGAAAGGUCAGCAUUUGGAAACUUUCAUCAUGAAUUUCUUUAAUUCUUGUGAAUCUCCAAAGCCUAAACCAAGUAAACCAGAACUGACCAUUCUCAGCCCCACUUCAGAAAACAACAAGAAGCUUUUCAGUGAUCUAUUUAAGAAUAAUGCAAACCGUGCUGAGAAUACAGAAAGAAAGCAAAAUCAAAAUUAUUUUAUGGAGAUGAUGACUGUAGAAGGUGUCUAUGAUUACCUGAUGUACGUAGGACGGGUGGUUUUCCAAGUUCCUGACUGGCUUCAUCAUCUCUUAAUGGGAACACGAAUUCUCUUUAAAAACACCCUGGAAAUGUACACGGAUUACUAUCUUCAUUGUAAGCUAGAACAGCUAUUUCAGGAGCACCGUUUGGUCUCACUCAUAACACUUCUCAGAGAUGCUGUAUUCUGUGAAAACACUGAACCUCGCUCUCUCCAAGAUAAGCAAAAACGAGCUAAACGGACUUUUGAAGAAAUGAUGAAUUACAUCCCAGAUCUGAUAGUCAAGUGUAUUGGUGAAGAAGCCAAGUAUGAAAGCAUCAGACUUCUAUUUGAUGGCUUACAGCAGCCAAUUCUCAACAAGCAGCUGACUUAUGUUUUAUUGGACAUUGUGAUACAAGAACUAUUUCCGGAGCUCAAUAAGGUACAAAAGGAAGUUACCUCUGUGACAUCCUGGAUGUAAACAUUUGGAUUUGGGAUAGAAUAACCAGCUGUAAUUUCUGCUUUGCUAGUGUAGUAUAUAUGUACUUAUUUCUUUUACUUUUGUAUAGUCUUGUACAUAUCAUGUAAUUCUAUGUCUGAAAUUAUGAUUUUUUUUGUUUUAAUAAAGACUAACACAAACUUAAUAAUGAUUAAAAGUGAUUGGGUUUCAUAGCCUUUCAUUUUAUUAGGACAUAUAUCAUUCGUUAACUGUUUUUUUAAGAGAUAAUCCAUAAUCCCCUUUGGGCAAAUAGAUAAGACUGAUAACCUUUUUAUUUAUAUCACUUAGAAAAUAGUUAUGGUUAGUGUGGAAAAACAGCAGUAAGAUCUGAUUUGCUUUCAUAUUUAGAGUUAAUACAUUUUAGUAGAAUUUUACCCCUUACCCCCUUUUUCAUUUUCUAUGUAGUUAACUGUGCAUCUAUAAAGAAGGCAUUGUUCAUCAGUUUUUCAUAACGAACAAGGGACUUCUUAUUUUUGCUGGAUUAUUGAUAGGUUAUAGUCCUUUUGGGUAUGAAAACGAGUACAGAUAUUUGUGAUUGUUCAGUUGCAACUACAUUUUACUGAAUGUAUGUAACUAUAUUUCAAAAGCAUACAUAAACAGUUUAGUCAACUUGA